AUGGCUUCCCUGUUAUCUUUGUACACCCCAAGGAUUUUCUUCGCGUAUAUUUUAACAAAGCUAAUAAGGCCGCUUAACGUCAAAAGCAUCAAACGUGGUUAUCAGCGGGGCGUCGACCGCAUUAGCGAAAUGAGUUACAUCCCUCAACCCACUGAUAAACGAAAAAGGCGGGAAAGAUUUAGUAAUAAAACACCAUCAAUCAUGAUCGAGCCGAGAUCCGAUGACCGCGUCCGAUCGCUAACUAAUUGCCCCAACAAACCGACCCAGCAAAAUCACCAUUAA